GGCAAACAUGUCCAUUGCCAUAAUUCCGAUGGCAUUGGAAUUUAGUUGGUCUUCUACCACACAAGGAUUCGUUUUAUCAUCAUUUUUUGUGGGCUAUUUGACCACUCAAAUUAUAGGUGGAGUACUUUCAGAUAGAUUUGGAGGGAAGUGGGUGCUUAGUAUUGCUGCCGCAUUAUGGACAAUAUUUACAUUCCUUACACCAAUCGCCGCUAAAUAUAAUCUAUUAUGUCUGAUUUUGUGUCGAAUUUUUUUGGGAAUUGGGGAGGGAGCAUGUUUGCCUUGUAUUCACUCUUUAAUUGCAGUUUGGUUCCCACCGGAGGAACGUUCUCGAGUCGUCGGAGCGGUCACCUCAGCAGGUUUUAUAGGAAUUGUGGUUGCUAUGCCUAUAUCAUCAUUGUUAGUUGCAAGCUCUUUCGGAUGGGAAAGCAUCUUUUGGAUAUUUGGACUUGUCGGAUGUAUUUGGUCUAUUGUGUGGCAUUUUUUAGGUGCUAGUAGUCCUAUUAAUUAUCCUGGAAUAUCGAAAGAAGAAUUAUCAUGGAUUUUAAAGAGUGAAUAUGAUGUAAAUAGAAAUGGUUUAAGAUUUAAUCAAUUUGAGUCUAGCGUGUCAAGAAUGGAAGACAUUGAUCCUGAAGUUGAAUCAUCAGGAACAGAAACUGCAAUUGAAGAAUAUGAGAAUACUAAACUGUUAAAAGCUAGUAAUGUUCAAAAUUAUCUUAAGGUUAACAAUGCAUCAAAUGAAACUUUGGAAACAUUAAAUUCGAGUAAAGACGAAAUUCCAUGGAAAUUGAUUUUUUCUCGGCAAGAAGUAUGGGCCAUACUAGUUGCACAAUUCUGCAACUGUUUAGGUUAUUAUAUAAUGCUUAAUUGGCUACCAACUUAUUAUUUAGAUAAGUUUGGAGUAGAUAUUAGAAAUCUCGGGUAUUUUAUGG